AGAUAUGCCUGACUGGGAAAUGGUGGGGGCGGGACUAUGUAGAAGUGCUGUCCAUCUGUGGCGAUACAGAUAAAAAAAAAACUGGACUGACGGAGUGUAAACUAACGUUCUUCGCGUGAACUAAUACUUACUUUGAAACGGAGGAAAACGUUUUUUCUGCUAAGCGCGAGGAAGUUGCUGAAAAACCUUGCCUUCAGCUUAAUUGUUCUGGGAAAUUCGGCGACCUGGCUUCAAAAAUUGGGCCCCCCUUUGGAACUCCACAAAGUGAAGGUUGAUAUGCCACAUCAGUGAUGGAGCCCAUGACGGUGACAACGUCAGUGGUUGGACCUGAUGAGUUCGACCGCAAUGCCCCGCGGAUCUGCGGCGUGUGCGGGGACAAGGCCACCGGCUUCCACUUCAAUGCCAUGACCUGCGAGGGCUGCAAGGGCUUCUUUAGACGCAGCAUGAAGCGCAAAGCCUCCUUCACCUGUCCAUUCAACGGGAGCUGCACCAUCACAAAAGACAACCGGCGCCACUGCCAAGCAUGUCGUCUUAAACGCUGCAUCGACAUCGGCAUGAUGAAAGAAUUCAUUCUGACAGAUGAGGAGGUGCAGAGGAAAAGGGAAAUGAUAAUGAAGAGGAAAGAAGAGGAGGCAGCCCGGGAGGCACAGAGGCCACGUCUGAACGAGGAGCAGGCGCGGAUGAUCUCCAGCUUGGUGGAAGCUCACCACAAGACCUACGAUGCCUCCUAUUCUGAUUUUUCACGCUUCAGGCCUCCAGUGCGUGACGGCCCGGUAACACGCAGCGCCAGCAGAGCCGCCUCCCUUCACUCGCUGUCUGAUGCCUCCUCUGAUUCAUUCAAUCACUCACCUGAAUCUGUGGACACCAAGAUGAACUUCAGCAACCUGCUGAUGAUGUACCAGGAUGGAGCGAGCAGUCCUGACUCCUGCGAGGAGGACACCAAGCUCUCCAUGCUGCCCCACCUCGCCGACCUGGUCUCCUACAGCAUCCAGAAAGUCAUUGGAUUUGCCAAGAUGAUACCAGGAUUCAGAGAACUGACCGCAGAGGACCAGAUUGCUCUGUUGAAGUCGAGUGCCAUCGAGAUCAUCAUGCUGCGCUCAAACCAGUCAUUCAGCCUGGAGGACAUGUCCUGGAGCUGCGGGGGACCCGACUUUAAAUACUGCAUCAAUGACGUCACAAAAGCCGGCCACACCCUAGAGCUGCUGGAGCCACUGGUGAAGUUCCAAGUUGGUUUGAAGAAGCUCAACCUGCAUGAAGAGGAGCAUGUGCUGCUCAUGGCCAUCUGCCUGCUGUCUCCAGACCGGCCCGGCGUUCAGGACCACGCCCGCAUAGAACAGCUGCAGGACCGUCUGUCGGAGGCCUUGCAGGCCUACAUCCGGGUCAACCACCCGGGCGGACGCCUCCUGUACGCCAAGAUGAUCCAGAAACUGGCCGACCUACGCAGCCUGAACGAGGAGCACUCCAAGCAGUACCGCUCUCUAUCCUUCCAGCCCGAGCACAGCAUGCAGCUCACCCCGCUGGUGCUGGAGGUGUUUGGGAGCGAGGUGUCGUAGCUGAGGAGGAGGAGAAGAAGGAAUCCUUUUUUUUUUCCCCUUUUACACAGACUCAUUAAGCACAGGAUGAUUAAAAACUCCGCUGCCUUCUCCUCAACUUAAAACGAAGGCUUUCACAAACCCCACACCCCGACUCUCCGGAGGGAGGAGGAUAAUCACAUCUUCCCCUCUGUCUACACCUCUUUUGUUACUCCUGGCUUGCAAAAACCAAACGUCAGCCAUAACUGGAUAUCUGGGUUCAUAGAAUAGAAAUCUGCUGCUGGAUCACCAGAAUCUCAAACCUUGUUUUUUGUUUUGUUUUGUUUUGUUUUUUUCCCUCUCAAAUAUCUCGCUCAUUUCCAUCCUUUCCACAACUUUGGAUUCCAAAUGUUUUCCAUCACUGGAAUCUACUCCUUGUAACACUUUCUGAAAGUGAAGACAGCUUGAUAGAUGUCAUUUCCCUCUCAUCAUCAUCAUCAUCAUCAUCAUCAUCAUAACUUUCCCGCACAUUCACAUGGCAACAACAGCACUCAUAUUUGCAUCUUUUACUCAUCCCUCAGCGAUGGACUCUUAUGUAAAUAGCUAUGAACUUUUGUUGGCUUAUAAAUUCUAACAGCAAAAUCAUCCAAAAAGAAUUGGGCAAGCUGACAGGAAGUAGAAAUACUUUCUACUUCCUGUAGAAAGGAAGUAGAAAAUCCCGUCGCUCAAUUCCCGACGGGAGUUCAGAGAUCUGUAAAUUCUGUGUUAUGUGAAAGAAGAAAUCUUAAAUAUUCAAAAUGUAUGAAGACAAAUCUUUCUGCAGAAAUCUUUUAGUUUGAGAGUGAUUGUGCACUUCAGGAAGAAAAAACCAAGAGGAUGCUGGGUAGUCAGAUGGAAGGGGGUUUUACAUUUGUAAAAAAAGUAACAAAAGAAGAAUAUAUGUAUAAUUCUACAUAGUUAAAUAUGAUAAGCAUAAGAUGUACAAGUCAAACAUUAUGUAAUGCUUGACUUGUACUGUAUAUAGACAGAAAUACUUCUGAGAGUGUUUAAUUAUAAAAAUAAUAAUAAAGAGGAUGUUAAGGCAUCUCCUCAGAUAUGUGUAUAUGCAACAUGUACACACAAGCAAUGAGACGUGCUAUGAGGAGUCGCUCUAUUUUUGCUAAGCGUGUACAGCGUGCAAGAGUGUCGAUGGACCACAAGGGGGUGUGUGCGCAGGCUCUGACUGAACCGCAACAAACGCUCUUUGUUGUGCUCUGAUUUUUUUUGGACCUGUGAAGUUUGUAGGCUGACAUACACAAAGAUAAUUUCCUGUUUGGUGGAUGGCUAUUUUUUCAGAAAAAAAAGAAAAAAAAAAAACAAAAAAAAAAAAAUCUAGUUGUUGGGCUGGUUUGAUUGCUGCUAAGACAGAGCUUAGAUAGUUGGACAGAAACCAGCUGCCAGCUGCUGCCUCAGGGAAAGUUUGUCUGAUGAUAAUGUGUAUUCGGGUUUUUACAGCGUGCGUGUGUGUGUUUGGCGUAAGCUUACAAUCAUGAGAGGGAGAUUUUGAGAGUUUUUGAAGCUCAAGGCAUCACUGUGAUUUGUAAUCAUACUGAAUAACAGCAAAAGGAAGCUAACAGAUUAAUGUUUCUGGAAGAAAAAUCUAACAAAAUUCUCCAUUUGAGAAACAAAAAAUUCUGAAAUUGUUUCACAUGGUCAUAUUGUCUUUAAGAGAAUAUAUGUAAUACAUUUUUAGCUACACAAUCAUUCUCAUUUAAUUAGUAGAAGCCUUAAAUCGAAUGUUUUUAAGAAAAAAGAAAACAUUCUAGAGCAGUGGUUGUUAAACAUUUUAUAACUCUACGUAGUCUGCAAUCAGACUGAAAAAUGAACAAAAAGUUCACUUGAUGUUAGAAUUCAAAAUGUGGAAAGUCUGCGUUUUCUCACCAGUCAAAUUCCAACAUGGCUUCCUUGCAUAUAAAGUGAGUGAUACCUGCAGGAAAAAAAUCAUUUUAUUCAAACUCUUAGAGAUCUUUUUUGUUUUGCUGAAAAGUUCAGAAUACUGAACUUCAUUCUUUAGUGAACCUGUUCACAGUGCUCAAAGGAACAAGAUGCAGAGAAAUUCAUUAUUGCCUUAUUUUGCUAACAGUAAUUGGUCAUUAUUUGAAUUGACUAAUCAUGCUUUUGAUAACAAUUAAAGUUCUGGAUAAACUUUUUGUUUUCAAAUUGAUUGUAAAAUUUAUUAAAAAAUUCAUACAGUUAUGUAUUUAGUAUGAAAAUCAGCUAAAUUAGCACAUCUUUUGGCAUAUCACCAUCCAUUAGAUGGUAGGGGUGAGGGACAUGGACUUAAGGUUUCAUCACAAUAUUUUGUGGUGUGAUAAAAAUGAUGAGAACAAUUUAACACUUCAUUUUAAGGUAACUAUAUGGUUGUGAGUAAAUAACGCAGGAAACGGUCCCAGAAAUAUUGUUCUUGAUAAUUUAAUCAUAAAUUCCGUUUAAUCAUAUUUCCAGAUUUACUGAUAUUUGUUGAUAUUCUCAUUGAACAAACUGUAGAAAAAUUUUGAAAAUACUAAUCCUGACAACAGGGACAGUUUUAGAGGUUAUUAAACAUUAUUAAUUUGAAUUCAUCAACACAAAAUUAAAUCAAAAUCGUAUAAGACGUUUAUCACAAUUAAUGUUAAACAAUAUGAUAAAUGCCCACUCUUCUAGAUGGCUACAAAGUGCCCUCCAAUUGAUUUUUGGGAUCCCGUGUUACAUGUGCAUAAGCAAACAUUAGACAUUUCAUUUCAUAUAUACUACUAAAAAUUGUUAGUUUCGCUGAAGCUAGCCGAGGUGCUAGCACCGGUACUUGCAUGAGCGUUUGAUAACCACGGCUCUAGAGGAGAAGCAGACUGUAAUCGCAAAGGGCAGAGACACAGACAUGAGAAGGACUUUUACAUGGAUGGAAAAAGUUCAGCCUCCUACCUUUUUGUUAUCACAUUUAUGUAAUUUCAAUACCAGCUGCAUAAGCAAAGGUAGUUUUUAUCACUACAUAUCAUAUUGUUUCUGUUGACAUGGCGCAUGCUCACACCUCAUGCAGGCCUGGAUCACCCCCUUGUGGAAAAAAAAACAACUUUGUAAAUACCACUUUCUUAGUCUGUACAUAGAAGCUGAUGUAGGUAAAUUACUAAGAGGAGUAAGUCGUUGACAAGAAGGUGCUUUGGAGAUGCUAGGCUGUAUGCAAUUAGAGAAACUCUUACUGUGUAUUCAACUUUGAGUGGACAGAGCCGCUUAAUAUGACCGACUUAGUGAGUUGUUUAUGUCACAUAUAGUAUUGUAUUAUAAAUAUUUUGGAGGGCUAGGAUCAGCUUCCAUCUAAUGCCAAAUAUGAGCUUUUGAUGUAAUCCCUUAAAAAAGGGAUGGAAAUAAAAAAAUUAUCUUAAUUUCAAAUGAAUUGAACAUUCCCAUAAUGCUAUAAUUACUCAAAGCGACUCAGUAAGUUUUCAUUAUUAGGCAACUUUUUGUCCAUUCCAAGAAUUCUGGAUGUACGUCUUUCCUCUCUUGUUCAGUCAAUAAGUUUUCGAUGAUAUAUUUACAUAGUACUUUCAUUUGGGUAAUUAUCUGAUUUCUUCUGUUUGUCAAGAUUGCUGAUUUACUUCCUGCUGCAAUGCUUGCGCUUGGCUUUCUGCUCGGGAGCGUUGUUGAAUGAAGCUGGGAUGAGCAGCGUGUGUGGACCUAUGGAGCCUAUCCCAAGUAUUUUAACUCAACAAGGAAAAGCAAAAACGUUUGCUCAAUUAUGUCAUCAUCUGUAAGAACUGCAGUCCACAUAUGCAUCAUCUUUUUUCAGGAGCUAAUUUCUCAAACCGCCAAGUGAUCAUCAAUAACACUGCCUCAACUGGUUGGGUACAAGACGUAUCUGACUACUAGCUAUGGCGUGCCUCUUUGUUCAUCAACCAGCCAUGUUAGCGUCUCUUCUUUGUCAUUGUCUUCAACAGCCAGUUACAACAACUCUUCUCUGCAUAGCUUUAAGUUAGCAGCCAACCAAGCUCUGCUCUGGAAAUCCGUGACACACCCAAGACCUGAUGGGGGUUCUGGGAUUCGAAGGAGCGCCGUCAGUUUGGACCUCAACAGGACUGUGUAGAAUUUGUACAAAGGUUAUACGAGAUCAAGUGUUUUUAAACUGCGAAGACGUAGGGACUCGCCGUACAAGCAGAGUGCUCAAGAGACUGACCGAUGGACAGAUGUUGUGUAUACUGUCUCGAGGUGGGACGUUGUCGUGCUUUGUACUCCGUGACUCAAGGUUCUAAUUUUUUUUUAACAAAUUAUGGUUUGUUUGGUAACGAUAGUCGUGUAAAGACUUUUUUCAUUCAGCAUCUACAUCACAGAAUGCAGGACAGGGUGACGGGGGGGAUCUGCGGUUUUAGGGGUACAGUGUGACGCAUCAGUUAUAUCUGGAUCAAAUGUAGAUGUCUACACUCCUUGGACAAAAAUCUUCUUGUAGUUUUCCAACCAUUUUAUAGCAGAUUGGUCAGCGCCCCCAAAAUCAUUGAAGUCUCUCCCCUCCUGCAGCCCUCGUCCCCCUCGAACCAGGUCAGCAGCUCCACCUCAGUAGCCUUAUUUACAAAGACCUCACUAAGCUGGAAACAUUUAACAAAUACCUCAGUGAUUUACAGUAUAGAUUUUUCACAAUAGCCUUUAAAGGGAACCAAACAUAAACUUCUACCACACAAUCACAUACGCAGACACACCACAACUCUCUCCUCAGAAACUUUCAGUGUUUUCAACCUCAAGUCGACCGCAAACUCUAAAGCAGUUCUUGCAUAACGAGGGACAUCCGGUAGAAUUUGCUAGUCAGUAUCCAAGUGGAUCCCAAUGUUUCUAAAUGUUAACUCUCUGCUUUUCCUCCUCUUCUUGGUUUGUCUCUGUCCGUGUUCUGCUGAGCUUCGGCACCGCGUUUAACCAAAAAUACUACCUCUCCUGUCUGCACAUAUAAAUAUAUAUAUUUUUGGGGAGUUGCAGCAUGUUUGUGUAAUAUAGAACACAAGUUUUUAUUUUAACAAUAAUCUAUAGGUUUUUAUGUUUGUAUAAUUACAAUAGAGUUUUUUUUCUUUUUUAAAGCUGGAUUAUUUUUCUUUUCAAUUUUUUUUUUUUUACCUCAAAUCGCUACAAAUUUUAAAUCUGCAGUGCAGAACUUUAACUCCCCCAUCUGGCUGAUAGAUGAAUUACAAUGUAGAUACAUGUGGCGUACAGCCACACAAUUUCACUGCAUUCAUUCAUACUAUAACUCGGAAUUUAUAUUGCAAUAGUUUUAGGCUCAGAUCAUUAAAUAUUGGUAUAGAUAUGCAACAGCUGACACUUACAGAUUUAUUUAUUGUACAUUUAAAAGUUUAAAAAAAUUAAAUACAUCAAAAUGUUGCAUCAGUCUAUAAGAAGUCUUAGACAGUAAACACUGUAUUAAUUUUAUUUUUAUUUUUUGCAUGAUAAAUUAGCUUGUAGGGCAGAUUUAACAUUUGUAGAUCCUUGCAUGUUCAUUACUCCAGCUUUAAUGUAAUUAAAAGGGAGUUGCUCUUGCACCACGUUCUCACUGACUGAAGUGUGUAAAUGCAUGAUUAAACUCCCUGCAUGGUAACUAAGGCUUCAUUCACAUAGCAACUUAAAGCGCAGGUAAUUGUCGGAUCCUUGUGUGACAAGAUGAGAUCUAUUUCAACUGAAAAGCAAAACUCUUGUAUGUAAUUGGACCUGUAGAACAGGAACGGCUCUCACUGCACCUGCUUUUAAACAACUGUUGGUUGCCAUAGUAGCGUCAGUGGCUCACCGGGAAAAAAAAUGCAGAGCAGAACCCUGUACCGUUCUCGCACAGAACACUUAGAAAUGCCUGAGAAAAAUACUUGUGCCAUGUUUAAAAUGCUUUAAAUUCUGUUUUGGCUGUUUAUGAAGUGUUAUUUUUGAACAUAUGCAGCCGCAUUUAUUAGCACCCCUGGUAAACAAGGGUAAAAUGAGCUAAAAUAUGUUUGUCUUUUAACCCUCCCGCAUUCUUAUUGCGAUACUCAGAAGAAGAGCGGCACAUGUGACAGUAAGACAGUGAGGAAGCAGGAGCGGUUAUCCCAUCAGACCGUCAGUUCCAGAAACCACAACAACAACCAAAAAUGUUGCUCGGUAAAAAGCUUGUGGGGUCCAAUUGACCCAAUCUCUUAAGACCGUGGGAGGGUUUUAUUUAACGCAGGAGUAUUAUCUCACACUGAAGAAGGAAGAAAGUUCAAACAAUCAAGUAAUUUAAAAUGCCCCUUAAAAAAAUAUAAAGAGUAAUAAUAGUAGAAAAACAUGUUUAUGCAUAUUUAUGCCCGAUGGAAGCAGAAAGGCAUAAACUCACAUCUUCUUAAAACAAAAAGGUAUGUAUUAAUAUACUUUUCCACCUGCGACUUUGUUCAAUAAAAUAAAUUUCUCCGAUUAAAAAAAUGACCAAUGAAAAAGUUCAGAGGGAUUCUGCAGCUGCAAUAAAAGCAGACUACAGACUAUGAAUGUCUGCCAGGGGUGCCACUAAAUACGGUGAGCUCUGUAGAUGAACUAGGUUACAUAUAUAACUAUAAAAGUCUGAAGAGUAGUUGAUUUUCUUCAAAAGUUACUAAACUAAUAGAUGGAUUGCUGCUGCAUGAAAACCACCUUUGUGCAGCUUGUGCCAAAACUUUGAGCUCAGCUGAAACGUUGAGCUGAAAGAAUGUGAUGUUUGUUAGUGUCAGAUAAGGAGAGCUCUAGACUUUUCUCUCGCUGAUGCUGUUGAACCGGCUGGUUGAGUUUUUGUAACAUUGGGAUCCCGAUUUAGUCAUUCAACACCAGAAGUAACUUUUUUUUGUUUUUUGCUAUUUUGCUUUGUUUUUGCAGCCAGACUCACACACACACACUUUCACAUUUAUACUGCAGCCUAUCACGCUCAGCACUCUGCCUUCUUUCGCUCACCUCUAACUGAUUGGCUGAUUUAGUUGGUGCUGUGAGUCCGUUUGAAGACAACCAGGCCACUUUAUUGCUUGAAGAGUUGUUUGUUUUUCACUUUUUGUGAAUAAGAUAAAUUGCCAGCUUCACUUAAGUCAAAAUUUAGCACCUCAAACAGCUGUGAAAAAGGAUCCAACCCUUACAGAUUUCCUUGGUUUUUGCUUGUUUUGUCUCACCUAAAUGUUUAGUCAUCAAAUGUGUUUUAAAAUCAGACAAAAAUAACCUCUGUAUAUAUGUAUAUAUAUGCCCAUAUUUUCCUAAAGUUUUACUUUUUUCAGACCAAAGGAUAUUUUCCUAAAAGUCUUGAAUGGUUGCUUUACGUGGGACUAAUAUGUUCCUUUUGAUCAGCCGUGGUUUUAGCGUUGAAAUGCCCCUACAGCAGCCAUCCUUCCCUAGUUUCUGUCUUGCUGUUGAAUCAUGAACACUGACCUUGAAUGAGGUCGGUGAGCCCUUCAGGUGUUGCCCUGGGAAGUUUUGUGACCUUGUGGGUGAGUUGUUGAUGAGUAAUUCUGUUGCUUCCUCGGAAGCUUCACAACUCUUCCAUGUUUUCACCAUUUGUCUACAGUCAUUCUCAAUGUGGUUCCUGAAAUCCCAAAACUUUAGAAAUGGGUUUGUAAACAUUCCCAGACUGAUGGACGUCAAUGACCUUGGGUUUCUAGAUCUUGCGGCCUGGUUUGUUGCUAUUUGACAUCAUUCAGCCUACUUCAUGUUGUUAGUCAGGUACAAGUUGAGUGAGUUUUUGCUCUUACAGCUAAUCAUAGUUGGGUGCUGAUAAUGAAUCCAAGCCUACAGGGUUUGUAUGGGUGCUUCAAAUCCUUGAAAAUGCUUGAAUUUCAAUUAGGUAUUUUCAACAUUUGGAAAGUACUUGAUUUUUAUAGAAAGUCCUUAAAAGUGCUUCUGCGCAGUUUUGAUCUGUGUAACAAAUUUAUUGAAACUGGGGGAAUGUUUUUGUUGAAUUUUUGUUUGGUUCUCAGAUCAGUCAAGUGUGUGAAAGAGACAUUUCAAAACAUAAAAUUUUGUUGCAUUUCAGCUUACAGUACUACUAAUUGAAACUGUCUUCUUUAGUUCAUUUGUGUUAUUUUUAUCUCCAAUGUUUGGUGCUGACAAAGUUUGGAAGCUUACCUUGAAAAUGCUUGAAAAGUGCUUGAAUUUUGGGAAAAUGUAUAAACCCUGUGUCUAGUUUUUGUGAUUAGUCAGGAAAUUCAUUCAGCAGGAAAAGUAUUUGUUAAAUGGUUCUUCAUUCAGGGCCUGGGUGGUUUGGAUAAGUUUUUACCCUUAAGUUAUAUUUUGAACACUACAUUUCAUAUUUCCUCAGGUUAUCUUUGUCUGAUGUAACAAUCUGUUCAUGUAUAACAGUGAUGUCAUUUUGAGCCGCAUCAAAAUUGAGAAUGUCCUUAAAAUAUUAAUACUUAUCAGUCUCUGCAUUUGAUGACUAUUUCUUAAGAUGAAAUAGUAUUGAACAUAUUUUAACAUUAACAAAAUAAUUGCUCUGAUUUGAUCAUCUGGUGGAUCACAUUCCAAAACUUACGACCUUGAAUUUGACAUGUGAUCAAAAGCAUUUAAGUGUGCCAAAAAGAAGACAUCUCUAAGGGGGCAUGUGGUUUUUUCAUUGAGCUGUAGCUUCAAGUUGAUCUCACGUUUUCCAACCUUUUUGAUUCAAAGUGUUUGAACUAAAACUUGUUUGACCUUGAGAAGAGCAGCUGCAGACAAAGUCUCUGCUUCCUCCCUGUUAGCUGAUUGUUAUUUGCUGCUCUGACUCCGUUUCUCUGCUACCUCUUUAAAUAUGCGCUUGCUUGCUGACACACACACACACACACUUUCACACCUGCACUUCAAUACUGACUGAAGCAGACAGUGAACACACACUCAUUAAGACAAACACACACGUGUGCACUUCUCGUUCCCUCACCAGCAGUUUUUUGCCAAUGAUGCACUUGUGGUUUUUUGUCUAGUAAAAUGUUUUGCAAAACAUAUGAAGUCUGAAAAGUGAUUAAUCAGCAUAUGUAUCUCGUUUUUUCUUGCUGAGUUUUUUAUUAUUAUUAUUAUUAUUAUUAUUAUUAUUAUUAUUAUUAUUAUUAUUAUUAGCAAAUCUUUAUAAUAAUACUUGGUUUGGACAAGUGAUUUAAUGAAAUCGAAUUGUAAAUCAUGUACAUUUCAAAAAAGCUUCAUGUCUUUUUCAAAGGAAACACAGAAUUGCACAUUGUGCUCAGCUCAGUUUUACCUUGGUGUGCCUAAAACCCACAGCCUUAUUUUGGGACUAUAUUAGGGGUUUUCAAUCAGAAUUCAAAACGUUCUGUGUUGUCUUUUUUUCUCUUUCUCUCUCUUCAUAUCCACAUGUAUGUUAGUUUGUAACAAGCCAAAAGUAGCUCUCAAGGAGGCGCAUUCCCAUCACAGGGAUGCGCUCAGUCCUGGUUUAUGUUGGCUGGGAUUCCCCUUUAUUUAUUCCCCUUUUGAGGAAAUGUCCGACUACGCAUCAGUCAGAUAGCCUAAAAAAAAAUACGACUUGUUCUGAUGUAGCAAAGUGUAAUAAAAUUCAGAGUUUUUAUGUGAUUUGACUUAAUUUAAGCUUAUUUGUACAAAUGUCCUGUAAACAGACCUGUUCUAAUAAUUCUGUGUGCGAGAAGCAAAUGUUUUAAGUUUAUUUAAUGAAGAGUCCCAAGAUAAGUAUCUUUAUCCGCCGCACUUGCAACCACCACCAUGCAGUAAAAGUCACCAGAUCAUAGUGCUUCUAGCUUCAAUCAGAACCCACUUCUGCCAUGGCAACACUAUUGAUGACCUCAUCAAUAGUCGUAUAGAAACAAAAUAAUGUUACACAAGAAGUACCUUAACCAGUGUCUAUUUUUGCUCAAAUCACCACCUGACUGUGUUUUUUUUGUUUCUACUUUUAUUUAUUUUAGUGUUGCUCCUUUUGCUCCCUUCAUUUAUAAGCAGAUUCUUUUGAUUACCAUUAUUGUAUGUAGUAAAAUAUAAAUAUUUUUUUGGGGGGAGGGGAAUCACAAAUAAAACAGCUGUACAUAAUAAUGCAAAACCAA